AGUGCAUCCUGCAUGUUGUAGUUUUAGUCAGCGGGUGAAUCUGAACCCAUUCUUUUGUCUUUAACUCUAAUAAGGUUGCAGGAAUGACUAAAGAAAAAACUCAGUGGAAGGCGUUUUUAGAGGCAGUAAGUACUCUGCAAUGGGUACUAUCCUUUCUCUUCUUAGGAGUCGGCUGUAUUUUCUUGUCGGUGUACCUCAUGUUUACCUCUCUGUGGCCGCUUCCCACUCUCUACUUCAUAUGGCUGGUGAUUGACUGGCAAACCCCUGAAAGAGGGGGCAUGAAAGCAAGAUUUGUGAGGAAGUGGAGCGUAUGGGAGCACAUGAGAGACUUUUUCCCAAUCAAAUUGGUGAAGACAGCGGAGCUGAAUCCAAACAAAAACUACAUCCUUGGUUGUCAUCCACAUGGUAUCAUGAGUGCUGGAGCGUUUACCUGCUUCAGCACGGAGAGCUGUGGCUUCACCGAGCUGUUCCCAGGGGUCAGGGCCUCCCUGGCCAUACUGGCAGGACUGUUCAGGAUACCAUUCUUUAGGGAGUACGCAAUGUGCACAGGUUUGUAUCCAGUCAGCAAACAGAGCCUCGCCCACCUCCUGUCAAAAAGUGGCAAAGGAAACGCGGUGGUGAUCGUGAUAGGGGGCGCUGCAGAGUCUCUGGCCUCCUCUCCAGGAGUCAACACCGUGGUGGUGAAGCAGAGGAAGGGGUUUGUCAGGGUGGCCCUCGAGUUUGGGGCUGAUCUUGUGCCUGUUUACUCAUUUGGGGAGAAUGAGAUCUUUAAACAGGUGAUUUUCAAAGAAGGCAGUCUCAGUCGGAGGUUACAGGACCUGUUUAAGAAGAUUAUGGGUUUCGCCCCGUGUCUAUUUAUUGGAGAGCACAUGGCAUUCCUGCCCUACAGAACUCCCAUCACCACUGUUGUGGGAAGUCCAAUCUCAGUGCCAAAGCGCGUCUUACCCACUGAGGAGGAGGUGGACCACUAUCACAGACUUUACAUGGACGGCCUGUCCAACUUGUUCCAUGAACACAAGGUCAGCUGUGGACUUUCUGAAAGUCACAAGCUUCAGAUCAUUUAGACAUUUCACUUCCAAAUGAACUGUGUAGCUGUUUGUAUUUGCUGCUUUUAGAACUAAAUAGGAGUAUGGAUAUGAUGUAAUUUUAUUUAACAAGAAUAUGUACCUGAAAUAAUGAAUGUAAUAAAUAAUAAAUAAUAAUGCCCAUUCUGUGUGAAUGUGUGUUCACAAAGCACUGAAAGCAUUGAUUGUCUUGGUUAAAGUGACUAAAUUGACUAAAGGGUUAUGUGCUCAUACUGUAUAUCCUGUUAUAUGUUGUUAGAAACAAACAUUUACCACAUCAAAAGCACCCAAUACGUGAAUUUGACAAAUAAAGCCAUUGGCAUGGCUUCAAAUACAGAGUUGAGUUAACUAGUCAACUAAUUUUCUUAACAUU